GCCUGCAUAAAGUAGUAACCAGCUGUAUUGAUCUUUGGAUUCAUGAAUGUCGUCCGAACCACUUGAAGUGUUUCACAUGUUCACCUAUAAUGUACACAUACAAAGAUAAGAAAUGAAACGCAAUCUUCUACGUCAUGAUCUGAAAGUACUAGAACUGAAUAUGUAAAUACAGUGAAAAGAAACAUAAAUGCUCUGCCCGCAAUGCCACUUUCUCUUCCGCCUGAAUAACCAGGGUUCAGUAAUUCUCGGUUGUAAACACCAGAAUUAGACGUACUGAGCUACGCCGUUCGAGGAAAACGCCAGCACCGAUUUUCCAUCCCAAUCUCCACUGUUGGAAACCUAGUUUAAUGUAACCAUCCUUGAGGACGUCCAUGCAGCCGGUUCAAGUGGACACCUGGUUAAAUGUGAUUAGAAUGGAAAACAUGGCGCGUAUUAUUCCAGCACACAAGAAAACGUUAUGUUGUGACUGCAGGUUCUAUACAAGACGAUGAUGAGACUAUACAAGAAAAGCACACUUCACUCAGGAAGGGCGGCUAAGGGUGGUGGAGAAGAGUCGGGGAAGCUGCCCGAGCAGGAAGAAGAGGAGGAAUCCGAGGUGCAGCAGGUUUUACAAGGAGCAGGCCAUUGCAAGUGGUUCAAUGUGCGGAUGGGCUUCGGCUUCAUCUCCAUGACGAGCCGAGAGGGUAUCCCCCUCGAGUCCCCUGUUGAUGUCUUCGUACACCAAAGCAAACUUUACAUGGAAGGAUUCCGAAGCCUUAAAGAAGGAGAACCAGUUGAAUUUACUUUUAAGAAAUCUUCCAAAGGCCUUGAAUCAAUACGGGUAACAGGCCCAGGAGGGAACCCUUGUGUAGGCAGUGAGAGACGACCCAAAGGGAAAACUGUACAGAAACGAAAACCAAAGGGAGAUAGUUGAGUGUCGGAGGAAGGGAGGAGCAGGUGAAAAGGAAGGCAAUCGAUUUAACCUGAAGUCAUAACGAAAGCUUCUGCAACAAAAACUGGAACAUUUCCAUGUAUAUCUUCCUGAGGUUGCAAUACAAUGAAUUAACUGUGCCGCUUGGUGUACACCAGGAAAUACUUGAUGGAGAAAGGAUCAAAUGAGUGCCAUUAAGUCAAAAUAAAACUGCAAAAAUGUAGCAUUAAAUUACUGAGAUGUAUUUGCGACAGUCGCAUUGCUGUUUACGACAGUACUUUAAGGCAGUCACAAGCGUGUGUUUCCUGGAACUGAGUAAUUAGUAAUACACUGGGGAAGGGUACAGUUGUGGGGCAGUCAACAUUAUCUACUUUUAACAUAAAUUUUAUAUUUCUGUUAAUUUGUCAGAUUUUUAUCUCCUGUUACAAUUAUAAAUGUUAUUUUCAUGUAGAAUUAAAAAUUGAGAAUUAAAAAUGUUUUCAAAUAGAUAAAAUGCUAAGCCAAAUUAUUUCAUUUAAAUGUGGAAAUAA